AUGCUACCAGGAGAGUGGACGCCGCCCUGCGGGAACCUCUGCACCAAGAAGUAUGCCGCUCUCACGCAGAUUCCAUGUACGCGCCAAUAUCCUUUAUUCCGCUUUCGUGUCUUUGGAGAUUUCUUUCUUCGAUCUUCCUGCGAGUCUUAAGCCGGCUACUGAAAGUUACCGCAGAAAGGCUGUCAAAUGGUUGCUCCAAAUUUUCUUAGACACAUAAGACGAGGAUGGAUUGUUCUUGAUUUUACUUUUCACAUAUUCAGUGACUUUUUUUUUUCCUGCUCUUCGGAACCACCAUACCGACCCCACAUUCCUAUGCUCGAAAAGCAAUGAAGAAAAUGUACCAAAGUGCAAGAACGAACAGAGACGGAAGGAUCGUUUACACGUAUUAGAAAUUUUCCUUUUAUUAUUCUUUUUAUUGGGGAGGGCGGUGGAAGAGUCAAGAAUCGGCUGCGGUGAACCUGCGAUCGUAGGGGGUAGUCUCCGUUUACCCCUUCCAUGCCCAGAACAUCUGCCCAAGUAGCUUUCCAUACCCUGAUAAGGACUGUUUGGAUUCUCGAUAAGAGAGGAGUGUUGACUCUGUUAGCCUUCUUAGAUGUUUCAUUACCUCAAAAUUAAACCAUACUCUAAAAUCGAGGGGUACAUCACGAUGAUAGAAUGUCUCGUUGUCUCACUAAAAAUUAACUAAUGAUCUAUAGUUUGUUUUACGUAUGCUCCUUUGAGAAGAAGUAUCUAAGUUUUAUUUUCUUUGAGAAAUGGUGUUUUCUAAUCUGCAUUUCGAGUUGUACUAAAGAUUUUUUCUUAUGUUAUCAUAGGGAGAGUUUUCUGUAAAAAGGGCUGUGAUGCUGACGGAGAAACAUGGGAAGAAUGUAAGGUCUAGAAUCUUGCAACCUUUGUGUCCACUUGUCUCUUCUUCACCCAAUGUGAAUCUCAUUCUUUUAUCUGAAUAUUACACGUGGAUCUGUAGAGAUUCACUACUUUGACUGGAAGUUCAAUUUAACAUCUGUUUUUAUUUCAUUUGGUAAGUAUGUAACAUGGAGAUCAUUAAAGCUCUUCUGGAACUGUAGUGGGCUGCUCCAAUGUAGAUGUUCAUCAAUCGGUAUUCAAAUAAUUGAACAUAUCACAUAUUUCUAGCUUGAGUUGGUAUCAAAGUAGUGGCAUAGACCACAGUCGGUUCAGGCAUUCUGAUUACAACUUAUCAAGUCACUCAAUUUAUUCUUGGUCAUAUUUUUUUUUACACAACAAGCUACAGCGAGAAGAGGGAUAUCUUGGAAAAAGUUUCAACUGAAAUGCUUUAGAGCUAAUCAUGUGUCCCCUGGGGUCAUGGUACGCUUUCUUGGAGCAUGAUCUGUCUUUAGGACAAAUGAGGAUUAUUCUGGCCCACCUUGAACAUCGGUGUGUAAUUAUUUCGGGCUGAUUCUAGAUGGAUCUUCUGCAAAUUAGCAAAUUUAAACUAGUUAAGCUUAUUCCCGGCCGAUCUAAAUUCAGUUCGAAUGGUCCACAAUUCCGUCUGGGAAGGGUUUGGAGUGGCACUUGUUUCCGCUGGAUCAGCCAGGCUGGUCAAUCAUCCACCUGAUCUUACUAUGGGUAUUAUGUUUGGCUCGUUGCUCAAUAUCCACAUUGUUAAUGACGAGAUCCUUCCUUUCCAUCAUUCCUGUUGAAAGGGAAAACAGGAAGAGGAAAAAUGAAAACCUACAGGCCCAGCGUUCUCUGUAUGUGGUUUGAAUAAGAAAUUGUUGAGGUUUGUUUGCACUUAAUUCAUGCAAGAAAUGAAAACAAACCAUAUGUUUUGGAUGCUCUUUUAUCAAUAGAGAAUGCUCAUUUGAAGAUAAUGAACUUCUUUUCUAUCUCAUUUUCAAGAGUUCAUGCUGGUGAGCCAAAGAAUCUUCUCUUCAUCUAGGAAGUCCGUAUUUCGUGGUGAUCCCAUAUAUUCGGAGAGGGAAAUGGUCAUUUUUUUGACUUCCUUCUACGGCAUUACAUGAUGUCUUAGGCCUACUACAUUUCAUUUCAGUCGUUAAUAUUCAAGUACAGCGGUAUUAUCCAAGUCCUCUUGAGAAGGGAAUGCGGAUUUUUAUUUUUUUCUAAUGCUUUUAGCCGCUAACUUUUUAGGUGUUGGAGAGUGCAAUGAGAUAUGCUACAAGGACCCAGUUUUGAAGGACUAUCAGUGGAGUGCUUAUUUUGACCGGUCUCCAGGGGCUGAAAGUUAUUCUAUGGUUAGCCUCAACUCCCUCUUUAGUAGCAUUUAGUUGAAUUUUAUUUCUUGGGUUAUCAUAAUGAUGAUGUUUCGCUGAGUGACAUGAGCAUUUAUUAUUUCAACAUGCAAAAAUAAUUCACGUGUUAAUGCACGGGUUGUGGAAAAAACCCUUGAUAUUGUGCACACAAAAAAUACUGUAUGUAAAUGCACACGAAUGGGGAAUUCCAGUUUUUGGGAACUCACACAUAUCAGGCCGUAUGGAUCAAUGAUUUCACUUAACUGAGCUUGUGCUGGAGCUGAUAAAAUUCGAGAUCAAGUCCACUUAAAGGACGAGCUGAUGCCACUGAAAAAGGCGACACUUAUGAUUGGGAAAGCUCCGACUUUCGCUAGAUCAAAAAAACGACAUUAGAAAAGGCUCAUGAGUCUCUGGAUGAGUUCAUCCAAUCGCUUCAUCAGUUAAGUUUUAAAGUCAUCUGGAUAGAAUACAUGCCAUUUAAACUAUUUUUACCUUACUUUUUUGCAUCAUGGUUCCAUACUGCUGCCAUACCAGUGUAUAUUUCUGUAAUUUGGAUUGUGUUACUUGAGGGCAUUGUCGCUUUUUGUUUCCUAUUUUUCUGUACAACUUUAUUGUUGCUGAUGAAACAUCAGUUUUUUAGUGCCAUGAAAUUACUUUGAUGAAUGACGGAGUCAUUUUUUUGGUUUGUUUCUAAAGAAAUGUUCCACUAGCCUUUAUUUUCCCCCUUGUUUAACAUUAUUCGCGUAGAACUGUCACAUUUACUAUACUCCAAGAUUGCUAUUUCAAUAGCUUCGGGAAAAUCGGUCGAUAAAGCACUUUAAGUGUUGCUUUCACGCGUGUAAUGGGAUGAGAAAAUCUGGGUGUGUCUGUGAUACGGAAAGAAUGCAUUCCUGAGCGAAUCUCAGAACUUUGUUUGCAAUGGGUAAUUUCUUCCCAUCGCACUACUUACUAUCUGGGAUUUGGACAUACAUUAGGAUAUUCAAGCUGAGAGCAGCAGGAUGGCUUUUUUCUCUUACGUGGUGGGUACAUGUCUCAUGGUAGGUGUUUUCUUCCAGAUUCAUUUUCCUGUCUUACAUGUAGGAAACAAUGUCCUUACACAUUACGCAGGGAGUUGUCAUUUUUUAUUUUAAGUUUUCCGGCUUUUAUCUCUUCUUUACUCAUUUCUUUCAAUGUUUCUUCGGGGGAUGUCAUUGAUGGUUAGAUUUCCCUUAACUGCCAACAGAUGGCAAAUUGCAUUUGUUGAUUGUUAAUAGUGAAAUGAUGGUUUUUCAUUCAGUCCUAAAGGGAUAAGCGUUUGGCUAGAACUCUGGGGCAAUAAUUAUGUGCUGGCUUGUAUACCAAAUGAUUCUACACUGGUUCACAGAAAAACUUAUCACUCGAGUUUGCCAUUUCCUCUUAGGCAGAUCAUUGUGUGUAGACCUGGGAGUCCUUGGGAUUCAUGGGGCUUUGUAUGUCCUUGGGAGUGUUGAUGACUUCUGUAAUGAUUCUUCUGUUAAAUGAAAUUAUUGCCCAAUAGCUUGUAGAAAACGUUUCUCUCGUACCUUGUUUUCCUGCCUGGUUUAGAUUAUCUUUGAUAAUAUCAAUGGAAAACUGGUGGAAGUGCGUUAACUCCUUUUCCUCUGACAUUAGUCAAGAUCUUCGUAGCUCAGAUGAAAUACAUGUAGCCUCGUCGAAUAGCCUGAAUAUUCAAGGCCCACGUUAAAUAUGACGAAAUCAGGCCAGUCUUGCUACCUUGUGUUAUGCUCACACUAAUUCAUUCCAGGAGAACUGCCUAACUAAGACGACGGGAACAAAUGAGUGAUCGUUUGCAUAUAAUUUGAUAUCUUUAGCCAUUUUUGGGUAGUACGGUAGGAGUUUGAAAUGCUAUCUCGGAGGCUAAUCAUGCUUGUUUGCUUGCUAUGUCUAUAAAUUUAUAUUUUAAAUGCCCAACAUAGUCAUCAAAAUACCAAUAAAUUUGCUGUAGACCUUUGUAUUUUUCGUGUACAUUCAAAUAGUAUGCUUUCAUCUUGAUGCAGGAGUGCUUUCAUGCAUGUGUUUCUGGCUGCGGUUUUAAGGUGAGUAAUUGGAUCCUCUUUUCAAUAAUAUGGUUCUGUAUCCUUGAAUACAUGCAAUUAGGAUUGAAUUCUUUCUUGUUGAAUUUCGUUUCCUAUCCUGCAGCGGAAUCCAUAUAUACAAUAGAAUUGUUGGCCUGGCACAUUAUUGACCGUUCAAAACAUUCUAAGAUUGAUUGCAUUUUUUUUAUUACCUUGGGCGUCUUGUUACAUCUUACGGUGUCCUGCCAACUAGCAUAAAUCUGAAAAAUGAUGAAUCUUGUCAAAGGUCUAGACACCCACAAGCCUUCAUACUCUCGGUAAUGAAGUCUUAAGGUCCGGACAAAGCUCUCGAGAUUGAUCAAAUCCUAGGUGAUGACGCGAUAAAUAUCAAUGAUGGCUGAUGACGAUCGGUAUCAUACGAGCUAUGACCCUACUGAAAUGAAAACACUUCAAAUUUACUAAAAAAAAUGGUCAACUGGGCUUUUCACCCCUUCAGUUGCCACUCAGUAUCAGAAAUCUUCUUUUCAAACAUGACUGGAUGUGAACUUUUUAUUGCUAAGCUAUAAGAUCGAUGGUCUGGCAUUGAAGUGCCAUCUAUGCGGUUGAUGACCCUUGAUUCAUCUAUUUCCUGCAAUAUUACAUACGCGCAAUUGAUUCAUUUGCUUGUCUACUGCCUAAAUUUCCAUGUUUUCAUCCCCUGCGCAGUUUGGCAUUCCCCCCGAGAAAGCCGACCAGGUUCAGCCAAACAGGCCGUCAAAGACUGUCAUUGAGAGACCACCGUUACCAUCACCGCCAAUCGAUCCCGUGCUGGUAGCCGAUGACAUGCCUUCUACUUCUGCUUAG